ACAGUAACAUAAAUCAUGCACUUAUCAAAAAGUAAGUAUACUAUACAUUUAUGUGAGUAUGGCCAUCCUUCAUAUGCAUUGGAAAUAUUGAAAGGUCUUCUUGAAUAAGACACUGACUAUUUGUUGAGACUAUUCAUAGAGAAGUGGGAAAUGCAACAUGAGCCUGCUUCCCUCUGCAUGAAAUGCUUUAAGUCACAGUGUGAGUUGUCACAUUUGCACAAAAGAAUGGACAUCACUAUUGUGUGUGUGUGUGUGUGUGUGUGUGUGUGUGUGUGUGUGUGUGUGUCUACUUGAUGUGGUAUGUCAGCAGUGCCUUCUGUAUUUCUGACAGUUUGAGGUAGUCGUCACUGGCAGCUGCUUGCUGACAGUCCCGCACCGGAAUAACACCGAGUGGCGUUGCAGUUAAUACACACUGCCACUCCCUGCCCACCGUGGCUCUGACUGCAGCCAACACACCCAGCCUCUCACUGUGGCUUCCCUUGCUUCAUUAUCUGGGCUUCAGCUUCAGCCUGCUCCCCUCAGUCAGAGAGCCCGAUCAUGGCUGACAGUAACCACGGCCAGGAGCAGAUGAUGAGGAUGGACAGCCACUCUAGGGAGAUCGACCUCAUCAACAGGGACCCCAAGCAAAUCAAUGAGGAUGUGGUCAAGGUCAACUUUGAAGAUGUGAUCGCAGAGCCAGCUGGCAUACACAGUGUGGACCGGGUGUGGACAGCCAGCUACACCACCUUCACUGUGUCCAAGUACUGUUGUUAUCGCUGCCUGACGGCCAUCUUGGGCAUCCCUCUGUCAGUGCUCUGGGGCCUCCUGUUUGCUCUUGUGUCUUUCUGCCACAUCUGGGCAGUUGUGCCCUGCAUCAAGAGCUGUCACAUUGAGACCCAGUGUCUGAGUCGAUUCUACUCGCUGGCCAUACACACCUUCAUUGGCCCACUCUUUGAGGCAAUGGGGAAGAUGUACAGCGGCGUGAGAGUAGUUUUGCGCAAGGAGACAUGAGAGUUUGAUUCAUUCAGGGAUGAAGAUCAAUUUCAGGACGUCUGAAACUAAAGAUGCAAUUCUAAUAGUUGUUUUUCUUUUUUGAAUCUUAAAAUUGUCUUAAAAUCUCAAUCUGAAAAUUGU